AUGAUCAGGCGCACACAAGAGAAGGACAGAUCUAGAACACGAUCUCCUCUCGCCGAAAUCUCUCACAAUAUUGAAACAUUGACACUGGAUGUUGGUGGGGGAAUCAGUCCUUGGGGAGCGCCAUCUCACAAAGAGAAGGAUUGGGGUAGUCCUUCUCGAGUAAAAGCUGACAGAGCAUGGUUGGAGGAGCAUGGAGAGAGGAACGUUGACCUACAAACCAUUCGAGAAAGCAUGUCUUCCACAGCCUCUUCUUCUGACGAGGCAUCUACUGCCAUCUACUCACCGACCCGCCAUGACAGACCCAUGUACGACCAUGAUGAAAACCGCUCGUAUCACGAUUAUGAUGAAGAUUACGAUCGACGAAGGCACAUGGAUACCACAGAACGGAAUCUUCAGAUUGAGAUUCGGAGUAUCAAUGAUGACUAUGAACGACGAAGUCGACGACCGACACAUCAUCGUCAGAGGCACGAUAGCCAGGAAAGCUUCCACUCCAUGCACAGUUCUCAGUCGUCUGGGCGCAGACUCAAGCCUGCCACAACGACUUACACAACAUAUGACUACUAUGAGACUCGUGACUCAGCAUAUGGAUCACUAGAGUCUCGAGGCUCCAACGGAUACGAGGUCGCAAAGACUGAGCCAUACAUGUACUCACCACAGUCGCAUACCUUGAAGCUGAAGGCACCUUCAACAACCGCUCACGGGGUCUAUCACACUGGCUUCGGCAUCAGCACCGGAGGAGGAGCAGUUGACAUUGUCACACGCGCUCCUCACUAUACCUACAGUCAUCGACGAUACUAA